GCAGCUCUAGGACUCUGAAGGAUAAAGAGAGAAGACUGGUACAGAAAGCACAGUUCAAGCAACUGAGACAUGACGCAGAAAAACCACAUCAGGACGGGGAGAAAGUACACUGCUUUCCUCCCCAACCCCUCCCUUUGCCUAGAGCAGGUAGCAGAGAAGCAUCAGGGCAGGAACACAAAAGCGCUGCCUGUAUAUUGUCGGAUGAGGAGGAACGUGCCGAUGAAAUUCAAUCAUCUUCUAGCCUUUGUCCCAUUGACGUUGGUGGGGAUGUGGGUGGUCACUUGUGAUGACGGACAAAGUGAAAGCCCUAAAGAACGGACUGUGAGGCUCAGUGGUACCAGCUCCAAGUGUUCUGGGUUGAUGGAGAUUUAUCACACAGGCAAAUGGAAGAGCAUUUGUAGCACAGGUUGGACACAGCAGAAUGCAGACCUUGCCUGUAAACAGCUUGGCUGCGGUUUCCCCUUUGGACUGCUGCAGCCAUUUGCCAAAGAACCGCAGAAGCAAGAGAUGCUCGUGCUGGGCUGCCAAGGAAAUGAGACAGAUCUGAGGGACUGCACCCCACAAGAAUCCAACUGCACGUCCCAUUUGGCCUUAGUUUGUCAAGAUCCCAUGGAAACCUCAACAGUAUCACAGCCAGCAACAGCACCUUUCGUGACCUCCUUGAAACCCACCGAUACUCCAAGGAUAAGGCUAGAAGAUGGGACCUCUUUAUGCUCUGGGACUAUGGAGCUGCAGUUUGGAGGUCGCUGGGAAAUGGUUUGCCUGGCUUUGCAAAGCUGGUGGAAUGGGUUAGCACCCAGGGAUUGCCAAGGAGCGAAGUGUGAAGCUUCAGUAGGACUUAAGGACCUGGCGUGGAGGAAUCCGUUGCCUGCCCACUGGUCGACGGUGCAGUGUGAGCAAAGGAACCUUAGCUUGGGCUGUCACGACAAGACACAAGGGUGCUUGAUAACCUUGGUUAAAUGCUCAGACCAAGUUUCCAAGCCCAGGGUGUCCAAUACUGAGACCGUCUUGGGAAUCCUGCUGGGUCUUCUCCUCACAGCUGCCCUCCUGUUUUUCUGUGUUCCCCCAACUUAUAAAAAGCUGGUGAAGAAAUAUUCAAAAACCAGACAGCAUCAGUGGAUUGGCCCAAAUGGAAUGAAUCAAAAUGUUUCAUUCCAUCGCAGCAGUUCUGUCACUUUCCAGCCACGUCCUGAAAGCCAAGAGGUUCAGGAAGAGAAUAAGUAUCCAGCCCUGAAGAAAAACCUUUAUCUCUCACCCUAUGCAGCUCUGGAAGGGGCAAGCAACAGAUCCUCCAACCCCCCAGACAACUCUUCUGACAGUGAUUACGACUUAUGUUCUGCACAACAGCUGUAAAAUCUGAAAGAUACAGGCAGAAUCCAAUACAAGGAAAAGCUGGGAUCAGCAGAACUGAAAAAAGCUUUCCACCCACACCAAUCAGUGUGAAAUACCAUCAGCAUCCUCCCUGCAACCAUAUAUACCUUCUCUACCUUCAUAGAGAUGUAAUAGCAAAGCCAGUGCAUUUCCUUUUCAAUGCACUGAGAGGAAUUAGGAUCUCUACCUCAAAUCAUCCAGAGCACUAUUGUUCUAUAUUCAAACCUCAUAGUGCAAUUAUGGUAGGUUCUCUCUGUUUGAGGGCCUAUAAAAAUGACCUUUGGACUUCUUUGCCAACCUUAUACUGUACCCUGCAGUUGUUUAGGAUGAUUCCCAUCAGCCCCAGCCUGUGCUAGAGGACACGAGGUUGGUGAAUGUUGGUAGAUUG